CAGUAAUCUGACUAAAGGCUAUCCUCCACGUUCACCCAAGGGUCACGCCACUUGUUGGCAAAGAACAGUUAAUUCUUAUUUAAAUAUGCCAUAUACCGAAGAUCACAUACGGAAUAAAUUGAUAAAAGACCUGGACGCGGUACACGUGGAUCGGCAAAUUUUCUAAAACAAAUAAAAGAACAAACAAAAAAAAAAAAAAACAACCACACAGUACAAAAAUCAAAACAAUGCAGGAAAAAAUACAAACAUUUUGCGUAAUUAACGUGGCUCUAAUUUUACGAUGGUGCGUUACCUAUCAUCCUUAUAGCGGAGAAGGUCAACCUCCAAUGUAUGGAGAUUAUGAAGCACAACGACAUUGGCAAGAAAUUACUGUAAAUCUUCCCAUUGAAGAGUGGUACAAAAAUUCCACUGACAAUAAUCUUGAUUAUUGGGGAUUAGAUUAUCCACCAUUAACGGCGUAUCAUAGUUUUUUAUUGGGAAAAAUUGCACAAAAAAUUGAUUCAAAAUAUAUUACACUUCAUGAUUCUCGUGGAUUUGAAUCAUUUGAUCAUAAAUUAUUUAUGCGUCUCACUGUUUUUUUAGCUGAUUUAUUUAUUUGUUUACCGGCUAUUUUAUAUUUUAUUUUUACAUUUAUUGAAAAAAAAAUUAAAGAAGAGACAAAUUUGAUUUAUCAAUUUUCAACACGUGUUUCAUUAUUGGCUGUGAUUUUAUUCUAUCCGGGUCUUAUUUUAAUUGAUUAUGGUCAUUUUCAAUAUAAUUCUAUUUCAUUGGGUUUAUUUGUUGCUGGACUUGGAUCAAUUUUAAAUAAUUCAUUAAAUUUAGGUUCAUUUUUAUUUAUAUUGGCAUUAAAUUAUAAACAAAUGGAAUUAUAUCAUGCGCUUCCAUUUUUUGUUUAUAUUCUUGGAACGAAUACACCAAUUAAUAAACGAUUAAUUUCAAAGUGUCUUUUGAAUUUAUUUUAUGUUACAUUCACAGUUAUUGUGACAUUUCUUCUUGUUUGGUUUCCAUUUAUUUGGAAUAGUAGAACAUUUUUUAGUGUUAUUAUGAGAUUAUUUCCAUUGGCAAGAGGUGUAUUUGAGGAUAAAGUUGCAAAUUUUUGGUGUACAAUUAAUGUUGUUAUUAAAUUAAGGGAUAUUUUUGAUAAUAUACAUUUGGCACAAAUUUGUCUUAUAACAACGACAAUUGCUCUAUUACCAAGUUGUCUUGAUAUGUAUUUUCGACCAUCGAAACAAAAAUUUAUUAUUUCACAAAUUAAUUCAUCAUUGGCAUUCUUUCUUUUUUCAUAUCAAGUUCAUGAGAAAUCAAUUCUUCUUGCGGCAAUUCCUGUCGCUUUAUAUUUUCAAUAUGAACCAUUUGCUUGUUUUUGGUUUUUAUUAAUAUCAUCGUUUAGCAUGAUACCAUUAAUAAUUAAAGAUGGUCUUCUUAUUGCAUUUUUUGCAUUGACAAUUUUCUUUUCUGUUUCAAUUUCGUGGCUUUGGUUCACGGAAUCUUAUUUUUUAAACGAUUCAAAUAUUAAUUAUAAUAAUGAGGAACAAAAUUCAAAAUUAAAGAAAGAAAAAUCUAAAGGUAAAGCUUUGAGUAAAAAAUCGAAAUUAAAAAAUCAGAAAGAAAAAGAGACGAAAGUUACAUUAAAAGAGUCUUUAAUAUCGAUUGUUUGUAAUAAACGAUUGAUAAUUAUUCUCUUUUAUUUGUCAAUUAGUGGAUUUGUACUAUUAACAUUUUGCUGUAAAUUUAUGAAACCAAGAAAAAUUUAUCCUGAUUUAUUUCCACUAUUGUUGUCCGUCUAUUCGUGUGGACAUUUUAUUCUUUUCUGUUUGUACUUUAAUUAUCGUCAAUUUACAUUAAAAACACGUCAAGGGAAAUUAAAAUUUAAUUAACUAUUAAAAAUAAAUGACGGUCAAUUAUAGAAUGAAUUAUUAUUAUUAUUGUCAUAAGUUUGCAUUGUAUAUUCGAGUGAAAAAUAAUGUUGAAUGAAUUAUUAUAAUAAUGUAUAAAGUCUCUGUAUGUUUUGCGAAAAUUGAAUCCGUCGAGUGUGAGAAAAAAAAUUGUAAAUUAUUUUUUUAUUUAUACAAUUUGUAUAUAUAAUAAAACAUAAUUUAAAUAAUAACUAA